GAGGUGAUCACUUGCCGGAUGCCAGGAACAUGUCGCUAGAGGAGAUCAAGAAGGUGCGCCGGGAGGUCUUCGGCAGCCACGCCUGCGAGAACGGCGCGACGCCCGACAGUUUGCUGCCGUUUUCGGGAGGAAGUCUGGACGACCUCCCGGGGCCGAGCAGCGCCGCGCGACCCAGCAGCGGAGGCCGCCGCCCGGCGCCUGCCCCGAGGAGGGGCCGUUCGUUUCGGCCCUCUGCUGCUGCUGCCUUUCGUGCGCUCCUCCCCUGCCUCGUCCUCGUCCUCGCCCUCUCCUCCUGGCCAUCUCCGCCCCCUCCUG